AUGCCUUCAUCAGAUGUUGAAACCAAUGGCCAUGGCCUAGCCACGGAAUUCGCAAAGGCCAAAAUCAACGGAUAUCACCAAGAUAAAUUACCACAACAGCAGACUAAUGGCGGAACUAACGGCUCAGCAAAUGCUCCCAAAACAUCAAUUCCCAAGUUUGAUCUCCCGCCUGAAAAUCCGGGGUCAUGUGUCGCUGGCGGAAUUCACACACUCUCUCUUUUCGCCCUUGGCGGGAAGACAGCAUUGGUGACAGGAGCAAACGGCGGGAUCGGUGGGGGUAUGGCAACAGGUCUGGCAGAAGCCGGGGCCGAUAUUGUCAUUUUCCAAAUCCCCGGAGAAAAGUCAGACUUUCAUCAAGAGUUGUCCGAACGGACUGGGCGCAGAGUCUCGGUAUAUGAUUGUGACAUGGGGGACAUGAAAAUGUUACGAGAGACAAUCCAAAGAGUGUUUGACGAUGGACACAGGAUUGAUAUCUUGUGCAAUGUCGCCGGGAUAUCAUCAGGUUCUAUACCUAUUUUGCACGAGACGGAUGAGCACAAGGAUUCGAUAAUUCAAAUCAAUUUUAAUUCAGUGUGGGUAUUAUCCCAAUGCGUUGCGCGGCAUAUGGUUCAGCGUGGGAGAGGAGGAAAGAUUAUCAAUAUCUGCUCCUUGGCAGCUCACAAAGCGAUGACGACGUUUUCUGUCUACGGGCCCAUGAAGGCAGCAGUAGGACAACUGACAAAUGCUUUUGCUAACGAGUUCGGUCCAUACAAUAUCCAAGUAAACGCUAUUUAUCCUGGAUGGAUCGCGACUGCGCUCGCUCAGCGUUUCAUUAACGAUGAAGAAGCAAAUGCCAAAAUUAUCAGCAGUGUUCCUUCACGGCGAUGGGGAACUCCAGAAGACUUCAAGGGACUUACUGUGUUUUUAGCAAGCCGAGCAAGCGACUAUGUAAAUGGGGCGAGGAUUUUCUUAGACGGUGGCGCACACAGCAUGUAA